AUGUUGUUCAAACUUCUAAAGAAAAGCUCAAAUGUAACCAUUGAUGAGAAGAAGAGGAAAAGGAUGAUAUCGAAUCGAGAAUCUGCAAGGCGAUCAAGAAUGAGGAGGCAGAAGAAUAUAGAGGACUUGAUCAAUGAGAAAGCUGAGUUAGAGGAAAAAAUAAAUGAUGAUUAUCACAAGUGUAGAGAAAAAUGGCAAAUUCUUCUUGUUCUUGAAUCUGAGAAUGAAGUUUUGAGGGAUAAGAAGAUGGGGUUGAUCAGUUAUUUGAAAUUCUUGAACCAGAUUCUUGUCGAUUAUAAAGAAACUGAGGAUUCCAACCAUGUCCAUGGUCCAGCUCAGCAAGUCAAAGCUUGUGAAAUGUCCAAAUUCUAG